AUGAUUGUCAACGCUGAUAUUACGAAAGGUUUUGGAGAGUUUGUGGCACUGCUUUGUGAAGAACUAAAGGCACUCUACAAGCUCGAAGAAGCUGUCCCACAUCUCGGCGAAAAUGACGACACCUUAGAGUUUCUUCUUGAGCUGAGCUCCUUUCUUGCUGAACUGGAAUGCCCUCAUGAGGAGAUAACGUGUGGAUCGCUCGAAGAGAGGCUGAGUACGACCGAGAAGAAAGCAUUGCUCUUGAAUUUUCUUCUCAAUGAAAUAAAGGCGGCUCGAUUGUUUGCCUGCGAUGCUCUUGCUCAACCCAUCUCGGCACGUGACAAGGAACUUACAUCAUACCUCACUUCCGCCGUCAAAUCAGCUGGUGUCCCGAAACCGAGCGAUAAAU